AUGGGGCAGGCCCUGCGCAGGCUCUUCGAUUCCUUCUUCUCCACCAGGGAGAUGAGGGUUGUGAUGCUUGGUCUCGAUGCAGCUGGUAAAACAACUAUACUGUACAGGCUGCACAUGGGAGAGGUUCUUUCAACAGUCCCUACAGUCGGUUUUAAUGUUGAGAAGGUUCAGUAUAAGAAUGUGGUAUUCACUGUGUGGGAUGUGGGUGGGCAAGAAAAACUCAGGUCACUGUGGAAGAUGUACCUGAGUAACUCUGAUGCACUGAUCUAUGUCGUUGAUUCUUUGGAUAGAGAAAGGAUUAGAGAUGCGAGGCAAGAAUUCCAGACCAUUAUCAAGGACCCUUUGAUGGCAAACAGCAUAAUCUUGGUAUUCGCAAACAAACAGGAUCUGAGAGGUGCGAUGAGCACGGAUGAGGUUAGCGAAGGACUGGGGAUGCAUGAUCUCAGGAACAGAAUAUGGCACAUACAGGGGACCUGCGCACUCCGUGGUGAGGGCCUAUACGACGGGCUCGACUGGCUUGCAUCCACUCUGAAGCAGUUGCAAGAAUCGGGUCAUGCAACUUCAGUUGCUGGUCCUUCCAUCUAA